UUUUAUUACGAGAGAAGAAGAGCCGAUUUGGUGUUUGGGGGAAGGUUGGAGGAAGAUGGCGGGGUCCAAGGUGAAGCAGGACAUGCCUCCUCCGGGAGGCUAUGCUCCCUUUGAUUAUAAGAGAAAUUUACCAAAACGAGGAUUUUCAGGAUAUUCCAUGUUUGGCUUUGGCAUCGCCAUCAUGGCGUUUGGGUACUGGAGGUUAUUUAAGUGGAACAGAGAGAGGAGGCGCUUGCUGAUUGAGGAGCUAGAAGCCAGGAUAGCGCUGAUGCCCCUGAUGCAGGCAGAGAAUGACCGAAGAACCUUAAGGAUGCUGAGGGAAAACUUAGAAGAGGAAGCAAUAAUCAUGAAAGAUGUUCCAGGUUGGAAGGUUGGAGAGACAGUCUUCCACACCGACCGCUGGGUCACUCCUCUGUCAGAGGAAUUGUUCAACCUCCGGCCCCGUGAAGAGCUUCUGCAUAAGCGUUUUGGCUUUGUGUGGUACACGUAAACACCGCCAAGACCACCCCAAGCUCCACACCUUCCGCAGACAGUACAAUGUGGACCUGAGUCCCCCGCUCAAUUCAGUUUGUAAAUGUUCAAUAUUAAAAGUAUCUUUUUGUGUACCUCAA